GCUGUGUUACUACUCUCUGGGCCUUGGACAGCUUCACAGUUCGCAGGCGACCCCUUUGCUCCGUAGCUGUGAGGCGCAAUUAGGAAACGUGAACCAGAAGGGACCUACUGUAUAGCACAGGGAACUAUACUCAGUAUUAUAUAAUAACCUAUAAGGGAAAAGAUUCUGAAAAAGAACAUACAUGUGUAUAAAUAUGUGUGUGUGUAUAAUGUAUAUAUGUAUGUAUAAAACUGAAUCACUGUGCUGUACACGUGAAGCUUACAUGAUAUUGUAAAUCAACGGCAAGAAAGAAAACUGUGAAAGCGCUUUGUAAGCUGGGGCUCCCUUCAGUGUGGCUCGCGCUCCGGUUCCUGGGCCAGAUUUCUGUGGCUCUGUGGCUGGACGUUUCCUGGGACACGAAGGUUUAACCUUGACUCUUCUUGCCGGGUGGGAGUCCACCUGAGAGAACAGGGACCUCGUGUCAGUGGGCACUCAGUGCUGAGUGCAGAGUCUGCAUCUGUCCCCAGGGAGCAAGUGGUGUCCCCUCCUUGGCGUGGUCAGGACCCUCAGUGCGAGGACGCCGUGUGACCAGCUGACUCUGGAGAAGUAAACACGGUAAUCCACUGGGUGUCCUGCACUCAGACACUCUCCUGGGAGGUGAUGUGUGAGCUGCUUGAGAACUCUGUUUAUUUUUGUAUCUCUGGUCUCUGGCACGCUACCCAGCACGUAAGGGGCACCCAGGCGUGCUUGUUGAAGGGAUGGACUGUUGUGAAAGGCUGUGAAUAUGUCAUCUAUGAAGUCAUAGUAGCUUAGUGGAGAGAGACCCAAAGGUCUCCAGAUGGUUUAGCUCAAUGAGAUUAAUAACCUUUAGAGCAUGUUUGUUUUCUCAUAGAAAGAAACCAAAGUAUAAAACAAGUAAUUCAAAGACUCCCUGAGUUUUACUAUGUCAGAAAUACAGUAAGAACAGCUGCUAUUAUUUUUUGUAGAGUACUUUUGUUUCCAGUGAAUGUCAGUAGGGAUUGCAGUGCAUGGAAUUUUUUUUAAAAUGAGAACUUUUUUGAAACAAAGAUAUUUGAGUGGAAAUUAAAGGUAUACUGUUAAUCGGAAAUUUUUUUCGUUGGUUCUUUUCCUAAAGCGACUUUGAAUUUUAUUAAUGGAAUUACUGAAAAUUCGAGUUGGGACAAAGUGUUUUUCUGUUUUGUUUUGUUUUUGUUUUUUUUAACUGUCGGGGGUGGGGGGGAAGCACUCCUAGAUGAAGUUAAUGGAUUUAAGAGUCAUGGAGGAGGGACACUGUCAUGACGGUCUGGGUCCCUUUAAUUCCAUAUGAGUCUUACCCCUUUGGCUUUGUCUCAUUUGCUAACAAUUCACACUGCCCCAUCUUUAAUCUCUCACAUGCAGAGAAAGAGAACAGAAGUGUACGUGGCAAGCAUGGUAACCAAAGAGUGCUUGCCCCUCCUCCACCGCCACCGCCACCCGUCCAAGGGUAUGCCUUCAAGCCUCCACCCAGACCCGACUUCGGGACCUCCGGGAGAACGAUCAAGUUACAGGCCAACUUCUUUGAAAUGGACAUUCCAAAAAUUGACAUCUAUCAUUAUGAAUUGGAUAUCAAGCCAGAGAAAUGCCCAAGAAGAGUUAACAGGGAAAUAGUGGAACAUAUGGUUCAGCACUUUAAAACACAGAUCUUUGGGGAUCGGAAACCAGUGUUUGAUGGAAGGAAGAAUCUCUACACAGCGAUGCCCCUUCCAAUUGGGAGGGAUAAGGUGGAGCUGGAGGUCACGUUGCCAGGAGAAGGGAAGGACCGCAUCUUCAAGGUGUCCAUCAAGUGGGUGUCCUGCGUCAGCUUACAGGCAUUACACGAUGCACUUUCGGGGCGGCUGCCCAGCGUCCCCUUCGAGACGAUCCAAGCCCUCGACGUGGUUAUGAGGCAUCUGCCGUCCAUGAGGUACACCCCCGUGGGCCGCUCCUUCUUCACGGCGUCCGAGGGCUGCUCCAACCCGCUGGGCGGGGGACGAGAGGUGUGGUUUGGCUUCCAUCAGUCCGUCCGGCCUUCUCUUUGGAAGAUGAUGCUGAAUAUCGACGUCUCGGCAACAGCAUUUUAUAAGGCACAGCCAGUAAUCGAGUUUGUGUGUGAAGUUUUGGAUUUUAAAAGUAUUGAAGAACAACAAAAACCUCUGACAGAUUCCCAAAGGGUCAAGUUUACCAAAGAAAUCAAAGGUCUAAAGGUGGAGAUAACGCACUGCGGGCAGAUGAAGAGGAAGUACCGCGUCUGCAACGUGACCCGGCGGCCCGCCAGCCACCAAACGUUCCCGCUGCAGCAGGAGAGCGGGCAGACGGUGGAGUGCACGGUGGCCCAGUACUUUAAGGAUAGGCACAAGCUGGUUCUGCGCUACCCUCACCUCCCAUGUUUACAAGUCGGACAGGAGCAGAAACACACCUACCUUCCCCUAGAGGUCUGUAACAUAGUGGCGGGACAGAGAUGUAUAAAAAAGCUGACCGACAAUCAGACCUCAACCAUGAUCAGAGCGACUGCCAGGUCAGCCCCUGAUCGGCAGGAAGAGAUUAGCAAAUUGAUGAGAAGUGCCAGUUUUAACACAGACCCGUAUGUCCGUGAGUUUGGAAUCAUGGUCAGAGACGAGAUGACCGACGUGACCGGGCGGGUCCUCCAGCCGCCCUCCAUCCUCUACGGGGGCCGGAAUAAAGCGAUUGCCACCCCUGUCCAGGGCGUCUGGGACAUGAGGAACAAGCAGUUCCACACGGGCAUUGAGAUCAAGGUGUGGGCCAUUGCGUGCUUCGCCCCCCAGCGGCAGUGCACGGAGGUGCACCUCAAGUCCUUCACGGAGCAGCUCAGAAAGAUCUCGAGAGAUGCAGGAAUGCCGAUCCAGGGCCAGCCGUGCUUCUGUAAAUACGCCCAGGGCGCAGAUAGCGUGGAGCCCAUGUUCAGGCACCUGAAGAACACGUACGCCGGCCUGCAGCUGGUGGUGGUCAUCCUGCCCGGAAAAACCCCCGUCUACGCCGAGGUCAAGCGUGUAGGAGACACGGUGCUGGGGAUGGCCACGCAGUGUGUGCAGAUGAAGAACGUGCAGAGGACCACGCCGCAGACCCUGUCCAAUCUCUGCCUGAAGAUCAACGUCAAACUGGGCGGCGUGAACAACAUCCUGCUGCCCCAGGGGAGGCCUCCGGUGUUCCAGCAGCCCGUCAUCUUUCUGGGGGCGGAUGUCACACACCCCCCUGCCGGGGAUGGGAAGAAGCCGUCCAUCGCCGCCGUCGUGGGCAGCAUGGACGCCCACCCGAACCGCUACUGCGCCACCGUGCGCGUCCAGCAGCACCGGCAGGAGAUCAUCCAGGACCUGGCGGCCAUGGUGCGCGAGCUUCUCAUCCAGUUCUACAAGUCCACACGCUUCAAGCCCACCCGCAUCAUCUUCUACCGAGACGGUGUCUCCGAGGGGCAGUUCCAGCAGGUUCUUCACCACGAGUUACUGGCUAUCCGAGAGGCAUGCAUUAAGCUAGAAAAAGACUACCAGCCGGGGAUCACGUUCAUAGUGGUCCAGAAGAGGCACCACACUCGGCUGUUCUGCACCGACAAGAACGAGCGGGUGGGGAAGAGCGGAAACAUUCCAGCAGGGACGACCGUGGACACAAAAAUCACCCACCCGACCGAGUUUGACUUCUACCUGUGUAGUCAUGCUGGUAUCCAGGUUGUUAAAAAGGAAGAAGAGGAACGUGGCUCAGAGAGGACGGAGGCUUCCGCAGUGUUUCCCGGGCACGUCUGUCCCCGCGAUGGCUUCCGUGUCGGGCGGGCGCUUUUUCUGUGCAGGCCAGCCUGGCUUCCCUCCUGGGAACAAGCAGGCCUUCCCACUAUCACGUGCUUUGGGAUGACAAUCGUUUCUCUUCCGAUGAGCUGCAGAUUCUCACCUACCAGCUGUGUCACACCUACGUGCGCUGCACGCGCUCCGUGUCCAUCCCGGCGCCAGCAUACUAUGCUCACCUGGUGGCCUUCCGGGCCAGGUACCACCUGGUGGAUAAAGAGCACGAUAGUGCUGAAGGAAGCCAUACCUCCGGGCAGAGUAACGGACGAGACCACCAGGCGUUGGCAAAGGCAGUCCAGGUCCAUCAGGACACGCUGCGCACCAUGUACUUUGCUUGACAUGUUUUAGUGUUUACGAUUGUGUACCGAGUUGGAUUCACAUGAGACCAGCUACACUCAGACCAACAAAUGCCCAGCCCUUCCGUGACAGCCAGCAUCGAACAUGAAACGCCAUUGAUUUUAGUAGAUUCUCCACUUUCCAGAAUGCCUUCCGUCCCAGAUUUCAAACUUGGAUUUUGAACUGCAGACCUGUAUGAGACCCCAUUGUCGUAGGAAAUAUGGUUUGCCAAAAUCUUAUAAGCUGCUUAUGAAAAUAGAGUCCCGUGUUUCCUAAAAAUCUCCUAAAACCAGUCUAUGAACUCAGGGCUUUAAAACAUUUUUAAUUUAUUUGGUCGUUCGAUUUACUUGUUUUUAACACAUGAUUCUAUAUGAAAUUGAUGGGCUCAAACUAGCUGUGAACGUUCUGUGAGAGUGAAAGCAACAUAAAACACAUUGUGGUUUUAAAGCCUUGAACAUUCUGAUGCUGUCACUAAAGUUUAUUUCAGAGUGACACCUGUGUGCUCCUGACCUGGCUCCCACCAGCUGUCCGGGAUCCGAGGGCAGGGGCCAGGCGAGGCGCCCUGGUGUCUCUCGUUCUGCCACUGCCCGCCUUUCACUCAGCCCGAAGGAAGGAGGGGUGGCAGAAGGUGGGCCGUGUGUGUUUACAACAUUUAUAGGUCCAGAGGGAUUGGCAGACAAGUGCCAUUUUAAUAAAAAUUUAUUUAAAAAAAGAAAAAAGACAAUAUGCCGACAGUCUAAUCAUAAGAUUUGUCCUAUAGGACUGUGACAUUUAUUUUCCAAAGUUUCUAAAGAAUACGGGUCUGUGGUGAUAAAUACAGUACAAUCCUUUUUCACUGUUAUGUCUUUAAUGUAAGAGAAAAGUAUAUAUAUCUGGUUUGCAGUAUUAAUGUGAUAGAUAGAUGCUGUUUUUCAUUUUACUGACUACGGGGUGCUUUUGUGAUCUGUUUAGCAUAUCAAGAGUGUUUUGGAGCCUGGAGCCUGGACCACCCUUGUGGUUUCUCAGUGCUUAAGUACAGGAGUAUGCAAUUGACUCAGUGCCCGCGGCCCACCCCCUCGUGUAGACCGCGCAGCCUGGACCCUCAGGAGGACGGAGUGUGCUUCCAGCAGUCACUCCCCUCCCCGCCUCAUCCCCGUGUGUCGCUCAGCCAAUUAAGCACAAAUGGAAUGUAUGUAUCCUUCCACUCCUGGGAAUGAGUCUGCGUAUCAGCGUGCACUUCUCUCUGCGUGUGGUUUGUUAGACAAGCGUCAUAGGAUCUAUGCACUGAAACACAGAGAAGGCUGUCGGUGGUGGCGCUCUGCGGGCUGCGAGGCCCGCGUUCCGCGAAGGAGCCCAGCCCUCGGGAGGAUGGCUGAUGGCGAAGCCAGCAGCAGAGGCAGACCCUUCUGCUAGGAUUUGCGUGCUGGGCCCCGGACGUGGGUUUGCCAAUCUAGAAUCCGUUGCACUAAGAAUGAUACCGUGGACAGCUCGACAGGGCUGACAGCAGAGGGCUCCGUUUGUGCGCAGUGGGCUUUUUGUCCUUGUAGGCGGUUUUCUGAGAAUCCAAUCCACGUUCAGUACAGAGAUUCUAGGAAGGAGAUGAGCCUUUCCCUAGUGCUGCUUCGUGCUCUGUAGGUUUCCUCUGGCCCUGCUGACGGCCCUCCCAUCCCGGCCUGACAUUACCUCUGGCACUGUGGUGGAGUGAGGGUCCCAACCAGGGUGCCUCGUGCUGGGGUCAGCGCCCGCCUCGGUCUUGUGUGAGGGCUCCGCGGGGGCGGGGAAGCGCUGUCAUGGACACUCGGCCUGGAUUUUGGCGGCAACGACAAAGGGGUGACUAUUAUUUGUGACAAUAUAUACUCGAGUGGUGUGUGUGUGUGUGUGUGUGUGUGUGCGUGCGUGCGUGUGUGCGCGCGCGCGUGUGUGUGCAUGUGGGUGUCUUAUUAAUGGCAUUAGUCUCUUCUUGCUGUAUCUAUUUUUUUUUGUCUUUUUAAAUGACAGAAGCCUCUGCUCUAAAAAUGUUGCAAUUCCCUGUCACUUCGUUAGCAAGUGGCACCUUCUCCUGUUCAGAAGGACACCAGUACACUCGUGGCUUAAGUUACCGGGAGCGUUCAAGCUAAGGAGGGAACCUUUUCACUAAUACACUUUUAAAAUCUGAACUUAGGUUAGUUUUCAGUCAUUUUUAGGAUCAUCUAGAACCGUGUGUCUCGAAGGUAUGUUUCUACCACUUGCAACAGGAUCUCGGUGGUCGGGGCAUUGGCCGUAAAAACGCUGUGACUCCUGUGCUCGCUGCGGCCUCUGGGGUGGCGGCUGGGCAUCUGCGUUUUACACCAUCAGCUGGGGGUCCAGGGCUGCCUGGAGUCCGAGAACCUCUAAUCUAGAGCCUUCUGGAGAGUGUGCUCCCUCAAGCACUGAGGGCCCAGCAGGGAGGGACUCCCCAGCAAUGCAGGGAAACGUUUUCUAAGCGAAUACACUGGGCAGGAUCACAGGCUGGCAGAAAAUGAGACCGAAAUUUUUGAAAAAUCCUUUUGAAGGAAAAGUUUUCUUUCUAGAAGGCCAGAGUACUUUGAGAAAGGUACUUGUUACAGCCCUGCGCUUGUUUUAUAAAACUUUUACUACUUAAAAGCAUUCAUAAAGCAAAUGUCUCCAGCUGGGUUAGCUGCAUACCUUUGUACAUGUCUGAUGAUUCAGAAUUCAAAUGGCUGUAGUUACAAUUUCUCAGGUAAAGAACUGUUUUCCCAAAUUUCUACCAAUCCCCCCCCCCAUUAUUAGGAUAAAUUUUGAGACAGCGUAAAACCUCAAGGUGCAGUAGAAUAAGUCCAAGCCCUGUUCGCGUGGAAGCCAAGAGGGGCCCUGCCCGUUCUGUGUGGGUCACGCCCGCCCAGGGCAACCUCGUGGCCGCCGGAGAAGGGCUCCGGGCACCUCCGGCCUCUGCCUGCGUUUGACAGGUUUCCUGAGGCCUGUGCGGGGCUGUGCAAAUUGCAGAGGUGUCCACUCGCCGGCUUUGCCUGACCCCACUAAGUAAGGUGUGCCUUGCUUUAAGCAAACUGAAUGUGAAAAUUAUGAAGUAGAAAUCUGGAUUAAUUUCAAAGAAAAACUGGGGUUUAUCUCUUCAGAAGAGGUCUCCCAAUUAGACCCUUAUCCUGGUACUCUUCCUAAUAUAUUUUAAAAUAUUCACCGUAAGAAAAGUUAACAUAUUCCCAUCCCUUCACCACUUCCUAUUACGUUCGACAAGCUCUCACCCUAAUAGCUAAGCGAUGAAAGAAACCCGGGGGAGCUGCUUCAAGUCGCCGUUUUGUAGGAGAGCCCUUUGGCCCUGCUGAGAUUCCAUCCUGCUGUUUGUGUACUUAUUAUAAUAAGCUCAGAUGUUCCUAGUUCAGAUAAAUGUUGUAAAGCUGGGCAUACCUAUACUUUUAGAAAGGGAUUGUUUUAUUUUGGUUUUGGUUUUCUGUUUUGAGAAGACUUCACAUAUACACUUGAUACUACACUUUAGGGUCUGCUUUCUCUUUUCAAGAUUGUGUUGCUUUUUGGUAGUGUCCUCACACUCCCGUGCAUGGAUGUUUGCACUCUAGAACCACGAGCGAUCCCUGGCCACUGCGCUGGCUUCCCCAGGAGGGACUUGUUGGAAGUGGAGUGAUUUCCGUGCUGUGAGUCUGGCCGUAAGCAGUGCUGUUGUGAUGUUUACCCCGGCGUGUGCUCAUUAGAAGAGACAGUUGAAGUUCAAUUCCUGCAGCAGGGUUGUGGGCGGGUGGGUGUCGAUGUUAUAUUGUAUGUUAUUUUUAUUGUUAAAUGCAAAUGUUGCUAUUUAUUGUUUCCUUUCUGCUCUGGUUUCAUUUGGCUGAUACGGAUAUUCCAGUGCAUGUGGUACCUGAUGAAUAUGAUAGAAAUUCUUUUCCCCAACUUUUAUAAAUUACCUAAUGUUUACCUGCAAGUUUGCUGGAUGAUUUAUUUUUGAAAGCCACAAAUGUAAUUUUUCUGGAUGAAUUGUUUUUCUUAUAUACGCAGCAAUGUAAUUUAACAUUGAUCUGCAGGGUGACUUAAAUUUUAUUUUUACAAGGCAGUUUUUCAGUCAGAUUAUAUAUUUGAUACAAUAUGUUAAGGGUAGACCGGCCAAGCGUUGUGCAGUUGGGACACCAGACUGUCUCGAGGAGGCCUCUGAAGGCUGGGGCGGCUUCUCUUCGUUGCUUGGCGCCGUGGAAGCACUAGGCUGUUUCAUGGAGCCACCCGUCAGGAUCUGGAUGGAGUCCUUGAGUGGGACUUUGAUCUGUUGGGCAGUUCAGAGGAUUUUUCAUGGGCAUUUUCCUACACCUAAGGCAGUUCCAUUAGGAGGAGCUUUAGACGUUGACAUAAUCCAGAGAGUGGACAAUCCCAGUGGCCCAGACAAGCCAUAGAAAUUUCCCUGUGACCUCUCUUUAACUCAUCUCUCACGCUCAUGAGAAAAGGAAUGUACAAUGAAUAGAAACUUCCUCAGUGUUCAUACGCCUCACUUUCAGAAUGCAAAUACUUUGUAUUUUAAGCCCUCCCCCAAAGUAACCAAGAAUAUUCUCUCUAGCUGCCGUGCCAGCAGUUUCGGCUGCUGUGACGUUUCUCAGUGUAGACACAGUGCACGUGUGACUUCGUAAUAGGGCUGUCCGUGUUACACACACAUGCUGACUUCUUUUGUAAGGAAAAUUUUCAACUCGAAAUAAUUGCACUGAUUUUUUGACAGCUUCCUUUUUAUUAUGUCCAACUUUGCAUCUGCUGUACUUGUUUGAAAUGAUUGUAAAUAGAUUUAGGAUAGCAGAAAUGAUGUAAUACAAUGCGUUGCUUUGUUUUAGUGAUCCUGCCACGUUUUUCAGUAUUAUGUGUUAGAGCCGUGUGGGCUGGCCGCUGCCCUUCCCCCUCUACAGCCAUGUGUAUGUGUGUGUGUUGACCAUUCAUGAAGGACAGAUUAGCCUCGUUGCUGUCUUUUUCUGGAAGGAAGUUUGCAGUGUAUUGGAAGAAGAGUGUGCUCUCUCCUUGCGGUCUGAGAUUUAAUUCUAAGAGGAUUAAUUGUAAAUCCUUUGAAUGCUUCUGGUCUGUUUAAUUCCUCGUUAUUUGCCAUGACUCCCUAAAGCAUUUGCUGCUAGCUCCCUCCAGCAUUUGACAGCUUGGAUAGGAAGCAUCUGAACGGCCAAUGUUACUAGAGGGUCAGGGCCUCCCUUGCUUCUCUUUGGUCACCCGUCAUUUGAAAGCCAUGAGGUCGCUGUUAUGUCAAAACUGUCAUUGGUGGCUUAACCCAUAGGUGCCAGGCAGACCUGAAAGGCAGGCUGUUCCUUUAGGCCUCGUGAUUUGGCCAGAUGAGAAGUGUGUGCUCCAGUUCACAGUGUGUAGUUCUGUCUGUGAUCAGGUUACACAGUAUCAGACACACAAAGGAGCUUUUCCACCCAAACCAGCCAUCUGAGUGUGUGUUAGUGUCGCGUCGAUGCCACCUCGGUGCCCUCACUUAGUGCUUUUUUGGAUCUUUUGCCAUUUUAUUGUCUAAAGUGAAUGUAUUGGCUUAGCCAUAUCACUACAGAAGGUGGUUUCUAAUACCUUUUAGUUUAAAAAUAAAUAAAUAAACGCAGAUAAAGGCUACCUCUGAAUUCUCAAUAGAUUCAUGUUUGCUUUUAAGUGUAGCUAUCCACACUGAAAAUAGCCAAAAUGUUGCCUGAAUCAACUGAAUUGUGAACAUCUCUCUGUUCAGUUCUGGCUUGAAAAUUUGUGUGCCAUACUGUGACCCACGGGCAGUCCCCUCCUCCCUCUCUGCGUGUCCAGGGUGGACCAGGGACUCCUCAGGGCUGCCCGGCUCCGAGAUGUUAGGACUCUCAGUGGCCAGCAGGAAGGAAACACAAGGGCCUUUCUGCACCGUCCUCAGGUGCAGGGCCGUGUGUGGUGGGACCUGGAAGCGACCCACUGUCCUGGCUUUUCACUUUCCUAUUUGACAUAAGGAAGCACUUUUUUUUUCUGCUUUACUUAUGAAUGGGUUGAAAGUGUCUCCUUCUACUCCCUUCUCCCUUUUUGUACACUCUGUAAAAUCACAAAGGUGCUUAAACACCGACUCUUGUGCAAAUAGUACUUCAGUAGCUGCAUGGUUUCAAAAUGCAGUGCAGAUGUCGUUGACCUUUGACUUGGGAGCCUUGAGUUACUAAUCACUCUAUACUUUAAAGUGAGCUAAGGUUUGAAAGCAAAAGGUUCUGUUCAAAUCCAAGGCCCUUUGCUUGAAAGGAGCACAGGGUCCAGGGCGGCAGCGUCUUGAAGUAGGGGUUCCUGCUGCUGGCGCCCUGGACCAGGAUGCCAGCCUGCGGGAAGACUGGCCUGGGAGAGCUCGGCAUCACGUGUCAUGAACCACUUUGCUGUCAGAAAUCUCAUCUGCUCGCACGCUGCUGUGGGUUGGUCAGUGUCGCCCCCCUGCUCCUUCGCGUCUUUUCUUUAGGUUCCUCGUGUUCUCUCGUCUUCAGAAGGUGAGCUUUUGCUCCCGAUCACUUGCGCUGGUUUGCUCCUGAGUUCUGGAGGGACAGUUGGGCGGUGUUGCAGUUGCAGGCGUCUGGGUGUGAGGAGGCAGCUCCGCUCUCUUCUGGGCGCUCAUCAGACCUUGACUUUGGCCCAGAGAGGUUCCAGGUGUGCCAUUACGAGGAAGUCCUGGCCUUCAACGCCGCGUGCUGCGCUUUAAUUCCGAAAGCACCAAGUGUCCUUUGCAGUCUAAGAAUGUGUAAUUCUGCAGUCGUGCUGUCCUAUAGACACAGACCACCCUGAGAAGCGUGGACACUGGGGAGCGUCCGCUACCUCUGCUGACCUGCUUCUGGGGUUGCUGGGCUCCGCUGAAGUGGCCUCAUUUUCAGCCAGAAACCCAUACAGGGCUUUUCGGGGGCCGCUGCGCGGCGGCCGGCUCCUCGCUUUAGUGAUGUCAGCCGUUGACUCAGAUCUCCCACCUGCUUUCUGCACUCAUGUCCCCAGCGUCCCGACGUGGGCCUCCCCCAGCAUCUUUGUGUUCAUGAAAGAUCAUUAAAGAUGAGGGAACUGAAGAUUACUGGUGCUUUUGUUAAUACUUUUCUGUCUUAUUGGUUGAUGUGAAAAAUUCAGGUGCGUUAGAUCUUUAAACGCCCUUGGUGGUGUGACUGUAGGCUUGGGUCCUCACCUCACCCCCCUUCUUUAGGCGGUUGGAGGAGGCUGAAUGAUCUCCUAGUUACAACUUCCUUGGCCUCAAGUAGUUCAGAGUUAAAGCUACAACACCAAAUAUUGACUCCUCCCCCCCCCCCAAGUGUCUCCAGGAGCUCGAUGUUCAGGCCAACCUCAUUCGGUACUUCCGGAAUCUUCAAGGUCCUCAGAACCAUGAGUUGAUGCUAGGAAUGUGCCCCCUCGCUGCCCACCACCACCUACCGGGCUGGGGGGGGUGCGAUGCAGAUGGGCUGCCCGGCCCCGCUGGACGGAACUGGGGGGCCCAGGGCUCCUCUGGACUCUGGAGAUGCUGGGAACGAUGCUGCGGGGUGGGAGAGGGCAGCCCCUCUGACCCAGGGGGCAGGCGGUGCCCAGGCCUCCCCUGGCCUCCAGAGGCCAGGGGUGCCAGACUGAACGUGUUCUGGAGACCCCGUCUCAGCCUCCGUGCCUUUCAAGUCCAGUCCUCAGUGUCCUUUCGAAACCACGGUGCGGCUGCGUUGUUGGGAAGGAAGCCUGGCCCGGCGCACGCUCAGGCACCGGCUCUCUGCCUUGGAAGCCGCACCGCUCCUCGGCUCCUGGGCACUGGCUCCUGCGGGAAAUCGCCGGGUUCUGGCCGCGUGGCUCCUCCCAGGCCCUGAGCACGUCCGUCCACAGGACCCCGCUCCUAGUCGGGUGCUGACCGUGACCGCCGGCAAACCUGGGGGGUUUGUUCUCAAGGUCACUCAAUGAGAAUGUUGAGCGUAAUGGAACUAGAUUGUUUUCAAAAAGGAAUUGGAAUCGGAGUCCUGUCUUUGUAAAAUGCGUGGGAAGUCCUCAGAUGUCAGGUGCCAUUUCAGUUGUCGGAGUGCCCCGCGUUGUUGUUGUUUUGUGACGUGCUGGGAAACUGCUUCCUCGGGAGUGGUGUCACCUGGAGCUGUGCACGGAGGACUCGGGUUUUGAUGUCUCGAAGAUGCGGGUUUUAGCUCUGACUUUUCCAAGCCAGGUAUUGAGUUGAGCAGUUUUCUUGGCCGACGGUCUAGUUAAAAGCCACCCUUCUCUGUCAGUGGAUGGUUUUAAGCGGGGGAAAUAGCCCAGUGUUACUUAUUUUAAACUGUCUAGAAAAGCCUUCAAGGUGGCAGCUCUUGGCCCUUCCGUCUCCCCCAUAUCCUCUGUUCUGAAAGGCAGAGGCACCAGGCACCGGGGGGGCUGCGGGCGGCUUUGGGGGGCCGUAACACAGCGAUGACGUGGGCUCCUCUUCAAAGCCAAAUAGACACGCGACUAAAACCCUGGAAGUCUGCGGUUUAGCACUGAACUGAAAUUCGCCUCCUGAGUUUGAUAGUGGAUUUUACAUGUAGUUGUUGAAGGUAUAAAUUCAUGUUUUGUAACUGUAGCGGCAAGUGAGUUUUUACUUUUUAAAAAGUUUUAAGGGAAUAAUUGUAAGUUUCUGUGCAGCAAAGUGGCUAAUUAUUCAUUAAAUACAAGAAUGUAGUGUCUAAAUCCAGAUUUUUUCUUACCUCUGGUACACUUCAGAUUACUUACCUAAUAUGUAUUGAGGGGUUUUAACCCUGAGUUUUAUCGACUUUUCUAGUUUUAUUUUAUUUUUAUAAAAUAAUUGAAAAAAACAAAAAUGAAUUCAAAAGUUCCAUAGGUAGAUCUUGCCCCUUCUUAAUUUUCUCCCACAAAAAAAAUUUUAGAAGACAUUUUGAAUCAAAAUGUAUUAUGACCAUUUAAAGUUUACUGUUUUCUAAGAAGCUGAGCAGCUAAAGGGCCUCACUUCAGGUGGUACUGUGCGUACUGUCUGCGGACUCGUUUACCUGUGCGGUGGGUCUACGUGACGAUGUCUUGUGCUUGCAGUAUAGAAGCCGUGCAGUGCUGUUGUGUACAUUGACAGUUCCUGUAUAAACUAGUAUUUAUAUACAUUGGCCUCUCUGUAUAACUUUUCAUUUGCUUACAUGAAUUGUAAAAUUAAAUAUAAAAUUAUAGUACCUGCUAAAUACAAAUCUGAGGCUUCCUGUCCUUGUCUUUAGUUUAAUACCAUUCUGUGUGUUUUGAGGAUGUCCAAUGCUUGCAUGAUGGUAGGUGGUAAUGCCACUUUAAAUUAAGCCUUAAUCAGAUGUUAAAUUUGUAAGUUUCACAGUAUGCAAAAAUAUUAGGCAGAAUGAGUUUAAACUGUUCAGAUCAAGAUGCUAUAUCAUAACUCAACAAGUCUUUUCUCCAGAGUUAUAAAGGGAAACUUUCAGUGAUACAGCUCUGUCUCGCGCGCGCUCUCUCUCUCUCUCUCUCUCUCUCUCUCUCUCUCUCUCUCUCUCUCUCUCUCGCUCUGUUUCUGGUCUGGCUUGGCUGUUGCCAUUGCUUGAUGAAAAUGGACCAUUGUGCAUUUCUGUGGCAGUCAGUCAAAAAGACCUGUUCUGAAAGUCUUGAGACUUUUUCAGGGUUAUUUUGAAAUGUUUGAUUUUUUUUCCCUCCAGUCUGAGAUGUAUUUAUGGCUGAUGAAGAGCAUGAUUUAGGCACAAACCUUUGCAAACCUGCUCAUGUUCUCAGCUUUCUUCCGGUAGUGCCACCUGUCAUUGCUUCUGCAUAUGAUUAAAUGGAUUUUUGUUUUUGUAAAAGCAUCUUAAAUUUAGACAUAAAAUGGAGGGGACCCAGCUUUCUUUACAAUGUGGAUCUACCUCAGUUAAACAGUUGGGUGCUAUUUACUAAGUCUGUCAAAUUGAAUUGGAAAAAGUAACAAAACAGUGAACUAUAACUCCACACAAAGCUUGAAAUCAUAAUUUCUGUUUAUUUAAUAAUAUCUAUUUAUUUUGUGCCUUUUGUGUUGAAUCCUAAUGCAUUGAAAAAAUCAGUAUGAAAUUAAAUAUUUUAUAUUGUACAUGGGGAGAAAAAGCCCAAUUGGCCAUGGAAUUUGAUAGAUCACCCCAGCCAACUAAACACUAACGUAUACUGGAAUCCCAACUGCCCUCUUGAGAAAAGAAACAUAGAAUUAUGUCCAAGAGCAAAUUUGACAUUUUACAAGCAAAUUCCAGACUCUUCUACGCAUAUAUUUGUAGCUAUCACUUCAUUUUCUGUGCCAAUGAAGGGGCGACCAAAAACAACUCACAAACACUCUUGUCAUUGCUUUUUCACCACACGUGCCCUCCCGGCCUUCCUCUGGCGUAUUUUAUAAGUUUAUUUCAUAAGCAGCGAAUGGACUAUUGUUGAUUUCAUCUCUCCCACCCUCCUGGUGUGGGUGUUGGUGACCAUAGACAGAGGAAGGGAGGGCCGCUGGCCGUGGAAGGGGGGGGAGGAGAGGGGUGCUGCCUGCAGCAGCAGCCCCAGGGUUUCUGUAAGUUAGGAAAGCUUUCUGGCAGGUGAGAAAAUCGGGUAGAUCGAUGACUUUCCAUGCUUUUAUAUUUGGCAGUUUACAAGUCUAGACUUUUCCUACUAUGGCAAUCUUUUUUAACUUAAUUCUUUGGAGGUAACACAAUAUUUUGGAGUCUUAAGAAUUUGAUUUUAUACCAAUAAGAAAUAAAAAUUAGGGAUCUUUCCUGUAGUAUAUAGUUUUACUAUUUUAAAGAGAUCUCUGAAUUUUACAAGAGAACCAACAUUCCUUAGUGGCAUAACUUUGAAAGUUGAUUUGGGAGGCUUUUCGCUUCAGGAUCUCAAAAAAAUUGGGAUGAUUCUAGUUAAAUGUUUUUAAUUUUUAAAAUUCCAUCAGGUCAAUACUUAAGCUAUAUUUUGUAAAGAGUAAAUCAUCCUUUAGUAUGCUGCAUGUAAAGAUCAGCGUUGUUGCACUUUCUCAAUAAUAAUAAAUGCCCUACAAUUGGCUCACCAGUAAGCAUUUUGUUUUUUACCUAACAAGAGUACUUUGGGGCAGGUGAUUAAAUUUAUAUAGGUACCUCAAGAAAAAGAACCUGAAUAUGCUGCAUUUUGUUUCUUUAGCUUUUAUACGUAGCAUUUUGUUCUGCUCUUAUGAUUUUGUUUAGAUAUAUGCUUUUUGGACCCCAGUAGACUGUUAAAAGAGAUUUUAAAGUUACUCUUGUAGGGAUACAGUAUCUUUUUUUUUUUUUUUUUUUUAACGUACUGCAAUAUCUGGUUCAAAGGUUGCCCACCAGGAGAUUAAUACUUUAUACCCAAAUACACCUGAGAAAAAGGAUACCAUGUUUAUAAGCAGACAAUAAUGUUCCCAAUCCUUUCUGUUCAUGCUGCUUUCUUAAUUCUUUUCUCCAUAUCAUCAAGAGGUUGGACGACUUAUUUCUAAGGUCAGACUUAAACAUCAUAGCAUCUUAAUGUUUUCAACACAGACCUCACAAAAUUGCCAUUGAGUAAGUAGCAUGAUCCUAAAGGUAUUGCUGGCACUAGGCAGCCGGAUCCAUCUGGGCUCUGAAGAGCCGGUCUUCACACUUCUCUGUUCCCCAGCACUCACCCCAGACUGAACAGACGGGGAGUGGUCUUGAUUGACAAAGAUUAAACUGGUGAAGAAAGCUAAAGGCUGAGACACUGAGCAUCUAUUGUCGUGUUUAAGCUUAGCUGGGUCCUUUAGAGUUUGUUUUACAGCUUACUAGGUUAAGUAGUUUGCACUAUUUUUGCAAUAAAUUCAUGGAAAACCUAACAGUUACUUGUUUUGUUUCUUACUGUGUGUAUAUAAACUAAUACUAAAAAGUUUGGCAUAGUGUUUUUUUCACCUCCUUACAUAACCCUUAACAUGCACAGAAUGCUGUAAAUCUGAUACAAUAUGAUGUGAAUGAUAUUUUAUAAAGUUAUUUUGUAUGGUGUCAAUUUUGUUUUGCCUCAUAGUAUGUCAGCAAAAAAUAAAAUAAAAUUCCUCGUAUUUACA